AUGUGCACCCUGGAACAGCGAGGCCGCGUCUUCGUGCUCACCCUCACAGGCGACGGAGAGCACCGGCUGGGCAUCCCGCUCAUGGCCUCUAUCCGCUCAGCACUCUCCUCCGUCGCAGCCCAAGCCGCCCAGGAUGGCCCGGGGGCGGCCCUGGUGACCGUCGCCGAGGGGCGCUUUUUCUCCAACGGGCUCGACAUCGGGUGGGUGGGCACCUCCCGCGCGCGGCUCACGGAGCUUAUCGACGCGCUCCGCCCCGUCGCCGCCGACCUCCUGGCGCUGCCCAUGCCAACCGUCGCAGCCGUCACGGGCCACGCCUCCGCGGGCGGGUUCCUCCUCGCGCUCUGCCACGAUUACCGCGUCAUGCGCGCAGAUCGCGGCGUGCUCUACAUGAGCGAGGUCGACCUCGGCUUCCCCCUCCCGCCCUACUUCAUGGCACUGCUCCGCGCCAAGAUCACCGCCGCGCAGGCGCUCCGCGACGUCGUGCUACGGGGUGCCAGGAUUAGGGCCCCGCAGGCCAAGGAGAUGGGCAUCGUCGACGUCGUGUGCCCCGGCGCGCCGGAGACGGUCGCGGAGCCACUCAAGCUCGCCGAGCAGCUCGCCGCCAGGAAGUGGGACGGCGCGGUGUACUCCGCCAUCAGGAUAUCUAUGUUCCCUGACGCGUGCAUGUCCGUUGGGAUUGUCCAGGGGAGCGAUGAGGAUAAGGCCAGGAACUUUGGUUCCAGGCUGUGA